AUGGAAAGAUUGACUUCGAAGCGACAAAUGGGAAGGUCUGUGCUGUCACUAAGACUGCUUGGCCAGGGCUCUGGGGCAAGUACAGCCGAGCCAAAACCCGAGACAGUUGCAUCUCCGCCAGAUGAAACAGGAGCAUCACCAUCUGCCUCUCAAGACAGGAUCAUCGCACUCAAAAGUCUAAACAGAUAUCUUAGCAAAUAUACUUCAAAGCGGGGAAUAGAGCGUUCAAAUGUGCUACGAAUUCAUUUUAUUCCGGUUCUUCUACAACUACAAAGUUUCCCAGUGAAUUCACGAUAUUGGGGAAUGGUGUGUUCGACCUUGACUAGAUGGUGGGUUGAGAUCCUCACUGCGCUCAAAACAGAUCUCAAAAUGCCUUCUAGCGAUCGGUCUGUGCACCUGGAGUGUCUGUCUAAGAUCAUUUCUCGCAGAGAAUGGUCUCUAGCCCAAGACUUUGCCAAGGUAUACAGAGACCUCCUCACACAAACACUAGAGUAUGCCAUCAAAAGACUUGAUUCCAAAAAGAUCAGUCUUUCUGCGAGUGCUUUCGUUGGAAAAGUGUUUGCAUAUGCCUUUUUCAAUCUUCCAGGAGCGGCUGGUGCUAUGUUGUUUCUUUUGGGAGUGAAAAUAGAUGCUUUGGACACUGUCAAAGACACGCUGCUGCAGCAAGCGCAAGCGCAAUCUCCUCUCGAUCUGCUGAACAGCCAGAAUAGACCUCCCAAAGUGGAAGAUGAGCAGAUAGAUCUCGAUAGACUGCAGACUCUGUUCAAAGCUGCUUUUCCCGAGCAUGUUUCUGGUCUCAUAGGCUCAAAAUCUAGAUUUGAAUCUUCCAAAAACUUGCUAAGGGUUGAAAAGAAGUUUUUGAAUGCAGUGCCUCCACCCAGUGAUCCGGUGAAGGGUAUCAAUGAUCCCAAGGGACUUUGGGUUCAACGGUGGAGCUGUCUCGAUAACAAUGACGUUUUCUUCUCCUUUCUCAGGCAUUACCUCAACCUUUGCGGUUGGUAUUUGAGAUCCACUGCCACCCAUAGUCUCCGGAACGCAGCGCUUUGCUGUCCGGGAUUUACAAUCAUUUUGGCACAUUUGCACUCUUACACCGAGAUCCAGGUCCAGCGGCGUGGUUCAGCUCCCGCAAAGCGCGACGGAUUCACAGAUCUGAAGAUCCCUGUUCCAUUCCUCAAAUUUUUGAGGGCACUGAGGGAUCUUUGCUUUAACUCAGUUGACGACUACGAAUCCGCAAUUGUGCCAAUGGUGUGCAAAAGUGUUGAUCUCAUUCUCGGUAGAAUAGCUUCCAAAAUUUCGGUCUUCGAUACCGAAAAGUGCUGCAUGGUGUUAGAUUUGCAAUUCGAGUUUACAACAUUCGUUUACCAAACAAAUGAUUCCUUCUACACGCAGUUCAUUGACUGGCGGUUUUGGCUCAAAGUUCUUGACAGAAUGACCUCUUGCGAUAACCUGACGCUCGAGCUGAAAGGUCUGUCUUACCUCUUCAACUCCUGGGACAUGAUAGCGGAUCAGCAGGAGUUUGUCAACUGGACAAUGUCCAAUUGGUUCAAGUACUUUUGUCAUUGGCAGCCUCUUGUUAGGACAUAUUACCACAGGCUUGUUUGUUGGAGACUGAUGACUAACGGCAACAACACUCAGAACAUUGUCUCGAAUCGACUCAAAAGCUCACGGAAGAAGCUGGUAAAUCACAUUUUACAGUUUGACGGCACGGGCCUGUCUUCUCCACACGUGAAACUUCCCAGUUUUGAGCCCAGCUCUCCGAUCAUCAACCGCAAGAUGGUAAUUUCCCCGAUCGCCGGAAAUUGGGAGCAAUUUCAGCAACAACUGUUAGUCGGGUCUUUUGAUGAGAACAAGCCGUACACUUCAGACCUUGUAUCUUUUAGCAGAAGUUUCACGACGACGCAUCCAUACGAGAUCUUUGACGAAUCGACAUACACCACGGGCACUUCUACGCCUCAGAGAACACCCUCAUCGACUACGUUGACGUCUAUGUCGAGUUCAACACAGUCCAAUGUGAGUCUUUACAGCUCGGUGUUCAAGUUCUUCAAGAAGGGCAUGAACCACGAUGCUAGUGAUCUUGGUGAUGCUGUGAAGGCCAAAGGCAAAAGCAAUGCCAAGUCGAAGGAUGAAAAGGAAGAUACCCAUUUUGCAAAAGCAUUUAGCUCACUUUCCCUUUCGUCAAGAUCCUCAUCGCCAUCGGUCAUGAGCACCAGAACUGCAAAUUCACCUCCUUCAUCGUACUCCUCCUUUGAGGAGCUCUUCAUAGACGAGGAGUACCCAGCCGUGGAGUCUGCGCUGGGCGAAGACUACAUCGUCAGUCCCGACUUCAAGUUUGGAGAAAGGACCCCGGAUGUGUAUCGUCAGCAGUACAAAUUCGAGCUUGUAAUUGAUGACCUCUCAAUGGGCAGACAGAUUGACCUCGUCAACAGAUUGAACGGAAACCUGAGACUGUCGGGCGUUGCCCCAACAUCCAUCCCUCUAGACCAAGUGCCGGCCCCAAGGCUGCCCAAGUCACCUUUCAGUGAGAGUCAAGAUGCCUUUUUCGAGCUGGGAUUCACUCCUUUCAAGCCCAAGAUGAAACACGCCUUGGAUCUAAACCGGAUGAAUAACUUGGGAAGGUCUUUCGCAGAAUGGAAUUUGUGUGUUGAGCAGUUUGAGAUGUUCAUGAACAGCCAUUACGACUUUCCAUUAUUAGACGUUGAAUCUCCUAAUAAGUUGAAUGGAUAUUGA